AUGGCCACAAUCAGUGAUGAGCCCAUACAAGAGGGCAUUGGUGCAGGCAGCAGGAGGGAAGUAAAAACAGGAGCCCGCGCCAGCCAUGCGGUGGACAAGACGGAACCACCUGAGGACAAGAACCGCCGCGAAGGGGACUCAUGUGUGCGGCGGGCAAUGGCCGUGUUCCCUUGGUGUGAGGACAGGGGAGAGAUGAGCUGUGGCCCUUGCUGCCUCUGUCUAGAGCGUCGAGCUGCGAUGACCUACGCCUACGUGCGCGCCGCUUCUAAUUCGCCCAGUGCUGCUUUGAUGUGGGCAGGCAGCAGCUGGAUCCCCCGGGAGCCUGGGCUGUAA